GAAUCACUCCAAAUUUGGCAACCUAGUAAUCACAGUGACUUCAGCUGUCCCAUCUGUCUCCAGACAGCUACUUUCCCAGUAGAAACCAACUGUGGACAUUUAUUCUGUGGUUCCUGUCUGAUCACAUACUGGAAACAUAGUCCCUGGUUAGCAGCGAUAACCUGCCCUCUCUGCAGACAAAAGGUGGUUCUUCUGGAUAACAUCCCUUGUGAAAAGCAACAAGAUAAGCCAAGUAAACAAAUUGUGCAUGACAUUAGAGAUUACAACAAGCGUUUCUCAGGGCAACCUCGACCCUUUGCAGAUUACCUUUACGACAUGCCGUUAUUCCUGACUCUUGCCUUGCGAGGAAUCUUCACCUGGGGUGGUCUCGUAUGGAUUUUUUUCCUAAGAGUUGCUGUUUGCUCCUUUGGAACAAUCAUAUGCUUGUCUUCUCCGUUUGACACAAAGCCUGGGCCUCUCUGUAGGACACUUGGAACAGCUGAUGACAUGGUGGUUGUUUCCCUUCUUUUAAUUUGCAUGAUAAACAUUUGUCAGCAAAUUGCAUCUAAUGGGGUGAAUAUGGCAAGGUCUGCAGCUCAGAGCAUGCUGUCAGAGUCCUGA